AUGGCGGCGCCGGAGCCGCAGAGGCAGAAGCAGAAGCAGCCGUCGGCGUGGAGCACGUUCCACAGCAACAUGACUAAGAAUCCGCUGAGUCUGAUGGUGUUCGACCGCGAUCAGUCCCCGCGCAAGGAGGCUAUCGCGAUCAUGAACGACAAAAACUUCAACAACCUCAUCUUCGUGAGCAUCAUCGUCAACUGCCUCCUCAUGGCUGCUUUGUACGACCCGCUGGACGAGACCAAGAACGCGGCGCUGAGUGACGGCACGGAUGUCUUCUUCACCUUCCUCUUCAUGUUCGAGAUGUUCGUCAAGAUCGUCGCGCUCGGCCUCUUGUUCGGCGAGGAGGCGUACCUUCGCAACGGGUGGAACAUCCUGGACGGCAUCGUGGUGAUAAUCUCGUUCGUCUGCCUCGACUUUGUCAGCGGCGGCGCGGAGGGGCUCAACUCCCUCCGCGCCAUCCGCGCGGUCAGGCCGCUGCGCACGCUGUCGAGGUUUAAAUCCGGCGCCCUCUUCGUCAACACCCUGUUCAGCUCGGCGCAGUACAUCAUGAACGUGUUCAUCUUUUUGGUCUGGUUCAUAAUCCUGGGCGCGUGCGCCGGGACGGUGCUGUUCCGCGGCGAGCUGAGGAGCAGGUGCUUCGACAUCAGCGCCAAUACCGACCCGAACACGUGCCCGAGCCCCGACGAGCUGUACGCGGGAUCCAUCGCGUCCCCCGCGAGGUACGCGGUGCUCACGGACAUGGGCGACGACGUGAUAUGCGGCGUCACCCUGGACAACUGCCCGGUGGCCGGUCACACGUGCUGCGAUUACGCCAAGCACGGGACGAUGCCUAGUAACGGGUACGUCAAGUUCGACAACGUCAUGUGGUCCUCGCUGCUCGUGCUUCAGGGACUGACGAUCGACGGGUGGAACGAGACGGCGUACACGCUGAUGGACGCCAUCGGCUGGCCCGUGCUGCUGUGGUACGCGCUGAUGGUUUGCGUCGGCGCGUUUUUCGUGAUGCAGCUGCUGUCGGCGGUUGUCGUGACGAGUCUGCAGACGUGCAGCGCGGAGCAGAAGAUGGUGGACCAGAUUGACGCGGAGCGGGAGAAGAGGCGGAUCGAGGCUGGCGGCAACCCCGACGAUAAGGAGGGCGACGCCAUGGACGAGAUUGGGAAGACUUGGAGGACGAGCAAAUCCCUGGAGGGUGUCCGGAAGAUGGUGCGGCUGCACAUGCCGGCGGUGUACAAGAUCGCCGAGAGCGAAAAGUUCAACAACUUUAUCCUCGUGGUCAUCGCGCUCAACACCGUCGUCAUGAUGACGCGGCACUACCCCGAGAGCUCUGAAUUCAAGGAUGCCAACGCGAUAAUGGAGUACUGCUUCAACGGCGUCUUCAUCGCGGAGUUUGUCAUCAAGCACCUGGGGUACGGUCUCGGCGGGUACUGGUCCGUGGGGUGGAACAGGCUGGACGGCUUCGUGGUGAUCUCCUCCGUCGUGGACAUGGCAGGCAGUGCCAUCAACCUGGGCUUCAUUCGGGCUCUCAGGGUCCUCCGAGUUGUCAGGACCGUGAGGGUCUUGAAAGCGGCGCCAGAGGCGAUGGCGGUGAUCAAGGCGAUGGUCACGUCGCUCGCGUCCAUGACUGGUUUCCUCCUCGUGUGGCUCAUCUUCAUGCUAAUCUACGCUCUGCUGGGUACCAGGCUGUACGGGGCUGCGUGCAUUUUUGAGAUUGACGAGGAUGCCGGGCGCUUGUCGUUCCGGUCGUUUAUGCGCGCGAUGCUGACCCUCUUUGUCACCGCGUCCGGCGAGAACGGCUUCGACGUCAUCCACUGGACGAUGGAGGCCGAGGGUCCGUCCGCGUCCGCGUUCAUGAUCUCCUGGAUGUUCAUCUCGCAGAUUCUCCUCGCGCUCCUGUUGGCUCUCUUGAUUGACACCUACACGGUUGGCGGCGAGGAGGAGGAGGUAACGGAGCCUACCCCGGAUGGGGCGGAUGCGAACAAGGAGGGUUACGAGAUGAGACCCAUGGUUUCCGAGGCGAAGCCCCGGCGGCUCAGCGAGGAGCUCGUCGACAUGGAGGAGGAGGAACGAAGGGUUUCCUUGGAGGAGGAUGAGGGGCGACAGGAGCGGGAACGGCGGCGCGAGGAGCGUCGGUUCGACAACGGCGACGCGAAGACGUGGACGAGCCGCGAUAACCUCUCGGAGACGUCCACGCCGCAGGGGACGAUCAUCGCGCCGCCCAGGUCGCACAGGGGUACGGAGCCGACGGAGAUGAAAACCACCGCGAGGCACGGGAACCAUUACUCGAAGACUCCCGGGUCGCUCGUGGAGAAGUACUCGCAGGCGGGUUACUCUCACAGGUCGGGUAAGCACAAUCGACCCGAGGACCGGCACCACAACCCGCACUCCCCCGACACCGCCGCGGUGAAGAAGCAGCUAAACGAGAUUUACGACGAGAAGGCUGCGGACGCGGAGGAGGCGAUGCCGCAGACAAGGCUGCAGAUGCUCCAAAACCUGAAGCGUCACAAGAUCAUGCACGAGGUGGCCGUCGUGAGGCAGUGGCUGUACGACAUUGACUAUGAUUACGACAGGAGCGUGGAGCAGCCGAUGCCCAUACGCAUGACAGCUGCGCAGGAGCAAAAGGCGAAAGACCGCCUCAGCCUCAAGAAGAACUUCAACUGGAAGAAAGCCAAGGAGCAGAAGAUGGCGUUUAAGCGGCUUGCGCUCGCGCCAUUCACAAUGAGCCCAACUGGGGAGCAGAUGCCGAUGGGACAGAUGCCCAAAUCGUUGAAGGUGCUCCGCGACGGCGAGGAGAUGAGCUCAAUGCCAAAGUCGAUGAAGAAUCUCACCGACUUUGUCGAGGCAAAUCAGCCGUCUACGGAGAAAACAAUCUGGAUGCAGAUUGCGGAGGAUUCACGGUUCGGCAACUUCAUCCUCUUUUGCAUCCUCUGGUCGUCCAUCAUGCUCGCGAUGGAGACUCCGUCGUGGCCCGCGGAGGGCUCCAGCGCGUACAGGGUGUUCUUCAUCACCGACAUCAUCCUCACCAUCAUCUUCACGGUGGAGAUGGGCAUCCAGUGGAUGGCAAUCGGCAUUGGGCCUUACUUCAGGCAGCUCGCGAAUAAGCUCGACUUUAUCAUCGUGUUCACCGCGUGGCUCUCGCUGAUCCUCUCCUUUGCCGGCCUGGACGCUAAUGCGCUAACCGCGCUGCGCUCGCUCCGUCUGCUCAGGAUCCUAAGGCCGCUUCGUGCAAUCCGCAGGCUUCCUGCGCUGCGGAUGGUGGUGGACUGCACGAUCGGCGCGCUACCUGCAAUCAAGUGGAUCAUGGUGCUGGGUGCCUUCCUCGCUAUGAUACUCGGUCUGUUCGGCAUGCAGUUCUUUGGCGGGAAAUUCUACAGCUGCCACUUUAUCCCCGACGUGAACGACGCGGCGGCGUAUAACGCCAAGGGGACGCAGGCUGCUUGCGAAGCCUUUGGGGGCAUAUGGGCUGAGAGAACCCUCACCACCUGUGAACACCAAGCCGCCAUCGACGAGAACUCCGAUCCAUCCUGGCCGAUCGCAUCUUUCGAGUGCAGUAUGCCCCCGGUUGUAACCAAGGCCGACUGCUUGGCGCUGAACGGAACCUGGGCCAACAACGAGUACCACUUUGACAACAUUGGCCAGGCGCUUGUUGUGGUGUUCAUCACGUCAACCGCCGAUAACUGGCAGGACGUCAUGUACACCGGUAUCGACGCUGUGGACGUCGAUAAAAACCUCGUGUACGACGAAAACCCGUGGGCGUCGGCGUACUUUGUCAUCGUCACCAUGCUCUCGUGCUUCUUCUGGGCCAAUAUGUUCGUAUCGACACUUGUCGACCAGUACACCAAGGCCAGCGACAACGAGGGAGUCAUCGCCAUGGCCAAUGAGCACAGCGCCACGCUGGACAAGGCUCUCUUACUCGCCAAGCAGCAGGCGCUAAAGGAUAAGCACUGGGCGGAGCGUAAACCCAAAUCCCAAUUCGCCAAGGUUUGUAUCGCGAUCGCGUCGCAUAAAUGGUUCAACCCGGUCAUGAUGGGUGUGAUCAUGCUCAAUGGCUUUGUGCUCAUGUGUAUCCAUGCCGACCAGCCAGGGUGGAUGGACGACGUGGACUAUUACUCCGGGAUUUGCUUCCAGACCAUCUACUGCUUCGAGGUUGUUGUGCUGAUGAGCGCGAUGACCCCCGAGUUGUAUCUGGCCGAUCCGUGGUGCAGGUUUGACCUCAUGAUCGUGAUGGCCGGUGUCGUCGAGCUCUCUGUCCCCGGCGACGCGGGUUUCGUCGCGGUGCUGAGGACGUUCCGUUUCCUCCGCCUGUUCAAGAUCAUCAAGGGCUUCAAGGAGCUGCGGGUGCUGAUGUACACCAUCCUGAGCGCCAUACCCGGCGUGAGCAACAUCGGCCUGCUGCUCUUCCUACUGAUGUUCAUGUACGCGUGCCUGGGCGUCACGCUGUACGGCGACAUCGAGUCCCCGUACGGGUUCCCCAACGGCCUGAACAAGUACACCAACUUCCGCAAUUGGCCGAACGCCAUGCUGCUGCUGUUCGUGAUGUUCACCGGAAACUGGGAGAGCAUCUUCAGGGCGACGUACUGGGACUGCAAGGGCAACGACUCUGAUUGGGGACGGGAGUGCACGUACCGGUACUCGGCGCCAUUUUUCUUCUUCUCCUAUUUCCUGAUGGCCAACGCGGUGCUCGGCAACUUGUUCGUGUCAAUCAUCCUGGACAAGUUCACCAACGAAACCGCGAACGAGGACGAAGGCACCGACUUUAUCCAGGUUGUGCACGUCGCGUUCCUGGUCAGUAACUUCAGGAACAUGCUCACGAACAAGAUUCGCAUCUACCAGCUCCUCAGGGGCCGCGCCGACCGCCGGACGCUGAAGCGGUAUAGGAAGCGAUACGAGAAGAUCCUGCCGCCGGGGUGCCUCGACGAAGGCCAUUACAGGCACUCAGAGGCCCUCAAGAUCAUCAAGGGGCUCCACGACAUCAAGAGCAUCAUCUCCGCGCCGCAGGAUGUCGGCGACGGGGCAGAGACUCGCGACGGGUCGCCGAACACGGUGCUCCCGAGCGUGCAACCGAGCCAGAUGGCGCUCACGAUCGUCCCCGACGAGGAGGGCGAGGAUAUGAUCUACGGCAGCGAGACGGAGAGCGGCGUCGGCCCCGCCAUCGACGAGGAGGCGUACGAUUCUUUCGACGGCGACGACUUGGCGUCCAGGUACUCGCAGGAUGGCGGCGCCCAAUCCGGCGACUGGCUGUCGGCUUGCAACUUCAACAUCAUCCCGCAGAUGGACUACUGCUACCACCCGCCCCCGAACAGGGAGCACAGGAGGCAACAGAACGAGGAGGACAGGCGGGAAAUGGAGGAGGAGAGAAGGUCGCGGCACGGGUCGGAGCCCGAGGAGGAUCGAAGGGAGGAGCAAAGGUCUCACCGCCGGGACCGGAGGGAGGAAAGGCGGCACGAUCGCAAAGACGGGAAGGAGCCCCGCCGAUCCCGAGGGGACCGGCUCUAAUACAAGAAAGGACAUAGAGAAUUUAUCAAAUGUAAAUCAUAAUCGAGAUACAGGUAUCACAUUUC